UACCUUCCACUCACUACACACUUGGAGAGAUUAGCGGCAGCAGUAAUCUGUUUCAGGACCAUGGCCAGAGACAACGUUUGGAUAUGAAUCUUAUCGAAAGUUGCCUACGACUCUCUGUGAACCUUUACGGACACCAAACAGUGUGACGAAGUUUGUUUGGACAGGGUAUCCGGAAAAGUGGGGCUGAACAUGCAUAUUCGACUGGUUUUAUAUAAAGGGACUUGAAGCAGGCUCAGUCAAAUCUCUGGACAGUCUGUCGCUGAUUACGAGUCUCGUUUCACAUGAAAGCGUGAGUUAAGAAAGCUGGUGACCCAACCAAAUCGGUUCUUUUAAUGUGAGUAAGAAGCAAGAAGCCGGGAAGCAGAGGAGAAAGGCUGUGCGCUCAGUCGGGAGCGCGCAAAGACUGCACAUUGGUCCGGUCCUGGAGACGUGAGGAUGGAGGUCCGGCCGGACAGGUUUAAGGCCGUGGCAGCCAAAACUCUUGGGAAAAUAUACGGAGCUAUCGAGAAGAAACAGGAAAAUGGCGAGACCAUCGAGCUGUCGGCAGAGGGCCGGCCAGAGCUGGUGGAGGAGAAGGAGAUGCCUGUGGUGGACUGCACGUGCUUCGGUCUGCCCAGGCGCUACAUCAUCGCAAUCCUCUCUGGCAUUGGUUUCUGCAUCUCCUUCGGUAUCCGGUGUAACUUGGGAGUGGCUAUCGUCAGCAUGGUCAACAGCCACACCGUCUUCAAAGACAACAAGGAGGUUAUAGUGAAAGCACAGUUUGACUGGGAUCCUGAAACGGUGGGAAUGAUCCACGGUUCAUUCUUCUGGGGAUACAUUGUAACUCAAAUCCCAGGAGGGUUCAUUUGUCAAAAGUUUGCAGCAAACAGGGUGUUUGGCUUUGCUAUAGUGGCAACAUCUUUCCUGAAUAUGCUCAUUCCUACAGCAGCUCGUAUGCACUUUGGCUGCGUUAUCAUUGUCAGGAUCUUUCAAGGACUUGUGGAGGGAGUUUCAUACCCAGCAUGUCAUGGUAUUUGGGCCAAAUGGGCACCACCUCUUGAAAGAAGUCGCCUGGCAACAACAGCCUUUUGUGGUUCUUAUGCUGGUGCUGUGAUUGCCAUGCCAUUAGCUGGAAUCCUAGUCCAGUACUCAGGAUGGUCAUCUGUCUUCUAUGUGUAUGGAAGUUUUGGUGUUAUGUGGUAUUGCUUUUGGAUACUGGUCUCGUAUGAAAGUCCGGCAGCUCACCCCACCAUCACCGAGGAGGAGAGGAAAUACAUUGAGGAAAGCAUUGGCGAGUCAGCCCAAUUUACAGUAACGAAAUUCAACACACCGUGGAGGGCCUUCUUUACCUCCAUGCCAGUGUAUGCCAUCAUCGUAGCCAACUUCUGCCGAAGCUGGACUUUCUACUUGCUCCUCAUCAGCCAGCCUGCUUACUUUGAGGAGGUCUUUGGGUUUGAAAUUAGCAAGGUGGGGAUAUUGUCUGCUCUUCCUCAUCUGGUUAUGACCAUCAUUGUGCCCAUUGGUGGCCAGAUUGCUGACUAUUUGCGAUCCAACCACAUCAUGACCACCACGAAUGUCAGGAAGCUAAUGAACUGUGGAGGGUUUGGGAUGGAGGCUACCUUGCUGCUGGUAGUUGGUUUUUCACACACAAAAGGCAUUGCCAUUACAUUCCUGGUCCUGGCUGUGGGUUUCUCUGGUUUCGCCAUUUCAGGUUUCAAUGUCAACCACCUGGACAUUGCGCCGCGGUAUGCUAGUAUCCUCAUGGGUAUCUCCAAUGGCGUAGGCACCUUGUCUGGGAUGGUCUGCCCACUUAUAGUCGGUGCCAUGACAAAGCAUAAGACGCGAGAAGAGUGGCAGGGCGUGUUUCUUAUUGCCUCACUCGUUCAUUAUGGAGGUGUUAUGUUCUAUGGUAUUUUUGCAUCUGGAGAGAAACAACCUUGGGCAGAGCCAGAGCAGCUGAGUGACGAGAAAUGCGGGAUCCUGGACGAGGACGAGCUUGCAAAUGAGACGGAAGAACUGUAUCGCACAAGUGGUGGAGCGGGCUACGGAGCCACGAACCCGGCAUCGGAUCCCAACGGAGGAGGCAUGGCUGGGGGAGGAGGAGGCUGGGUGUCAGACUGGGACAAAACUGAGGAGUAUGUCCAACCAGCCGGAACCAAUAAUUAUCUUUACGGAGGAGAAGGCGACCGAGAGUUAUAACGUAAAGCCAGCAGAAACAGUUUAUCAGCAAUGUGGAAUUUCAUUCAAUGGCAUUAAAAAAACUGGUGGGAAUGUGGGGAUGGACAAUUUUCAGCAGGUCUGACUAUUUUAUCAUAAAUUAACAAUUUCACAGAGACUGCACAGUAGAGGUGAAGACAGUAGUAAACGUAAAAUGUGUUUGUGCAUGAGUGCAGUCGUUAUACGCUGUGUGGCAGAAUGGUGUCACCAGCCCACCUUCAGACAUGUCGGAGGACGGCUUUAGGCCUGGUGUGGCGUUCUUUGAUGCUUAGUCAUUGUAACUGUAGAAACUGGACUGACAUGACAUGGAUUUCAUUUCUAUGCCUCUUAUUUGUAUUUUAAUCACUCGUAAUUACACAUCUUUAGGCGCACAAGGAUCACACUGACUUUUCUUUUUAGGAGAAAUUGAUAUCUAUUGAGAUUGUCAGAUUAGUUUCGAAGACAAUAUUUUUCAUAGGGGUGGCCAAGAGAGAAACAACCUGCUGUAGGCUUAUGUAUUAGUCUUCCUAGUCAAAUGGUACAUGUACUACGUAGAAUAAUAACAUAUUUGUUUGGUUUUUAAUUUUAACCCUUAUCUGAUUUAAAAAACAAAACAAAAAAAGAUCUGCAACCAUCUGUUGAAAUACUCUCAUUUAUGGCAAAACAGGUUUGCUGAAGAUAUAGUAGUUUCUGGAUGUAAUUUCUCCAUUAAUAUAUAGUUGAACAUAGCCACCCAUGGCCACCCCUUGUCUCUGCCCCUGGCCCCAACAGAUUUUUGGUUGUUUUGGGUUGUUGUUUUUUUUUCAUUAUUGUCCUUAAUGUGCACAUUUUAGAAAAAAAAUCAUGUGCCAAUACAACACAAUAUAUAAUGUUCUGUAGUAUUGGUUUAUUCAUCCAUUGAAAAAGGAACUGAACAUCUGCAAAUAACACCACAUCUGGCUUUCUGGGAAGUCUACAUAGACAUUUUAGAUGCAGUUUUUAACCACUGUAUGUAGUGGACUACUACCUUGCCUACUAGCUGACAUACUGUGAAAAAAAAGCAUAUAGGAUUAGAAUAAAUCUCCAGAACAUCAACGUCCUCUUUUAAAAUUAGACUCUUAGGUUAGAGACUGUUUUUCUUUCUGUUUCUAUUUGGCCCAUUUUGCAAAAACUUCAGAAUUUUGCUUUGUAUGAUUAACAUCUAAUACAUCCUCUAUUGGUAUUAUUUUGUUCUGCUCCAUCUGUGUUUGAGGCUGGCAUCAGAGGAAGCAGUUUGCUGUCUCCAGUGAGGUGGCAAAGCACAAACAGCACCAAGCUGAGGCUGUGGGAUCAGUUUUGUAGCACUCUCAUUUAAAGGUGGACUUUAAAUUGAAUUCAUAUGUGUUUAAUAAUCCAUAAAAUAUCAAUUAAAACCAAGACCAGUUAAUAAAAAUGCUGAAAAUCCCAACGGCAUUUCUCUGUACAAUUUAUUUUUGUUAGUAGAUGUGGUCAUGUAUCUAGUUCGUCAUUAACUAGUAAUGGGAUGGUACUGUUUACUGAUAGGAUUGAUAUUAAAUGUUAGGAUUUUUACUGUUUCUGUCAUUUUUCAUUCAUUUAUUGUUAAAUGUUCUGUUCUUAAUUAUAAACUAACUCUAUGUGUAAAGGAAUGUGGAAAAAUACUGAAGAAUAAAACUUAGAGGUGAUAGCUUCCACGGUAGUCACAAAUCUUUAUAUUUGGCAGUUUACCCUUAUGCAUUGCUGCCAUUUUAAUGUUUUAACCUUUCAUACCAGAUGGUACAGAGUAUGUCUCGCUAUAAGUACAUUAUUACGCCUGAUUUGUACUCCACUGUAAAACAAAACAUCUGUUUUCUCCAUGUCAGCUCUACUCUGUUUCAUGCAUGAUUCAGACACUAAGUAUGCAGGUCUUAAACAUUCCUGACCCUUGGUUUCAUGUUACCCCUAAUGCUCUACUCCAUCCCAGACAGAAUAUUGAUCACUGAGCUUAACUGUGAGCAGCAUGAAAAUGAAGCGGAAAAAUAGAUUUUGACGGCACAACCGGUAAGAAGCACAAAGCCUUGGGGUCUCUAAAAUCAGUGGUAUCAUCCUGCAUCCAUUUGUGAUUGAACAUAUAACAUAUUAUACGGUAUAUGAUACCUGAUAAGCAUGCAGCACUGCAUCCGGUGUAAUUUACUUGCCCUAUUGCAUGUCAGUAUGAAUGUUGUGCAGAGGCAAAGGACACAGUAAAGAAUGGACUUAAGAGAGCCUGAAGACCUAAAAAAAAAAAAAAAAUUACGACAGUAAAGGGUCAGCAUUAGCUUUCUAUUGAAAUCAAAUAUCUUGUGUGUGUGUGUGUGUGUGUGUGUGUGUGUGUGUGUGUGUGUGUGUGUGUGUGUGUGUGUGUGUGUGUGUGUGUGUGUGUGUGUGUAAAACCAUUACUGGAACUACUGUAGAUUUCCUCUAUGAUCACAGCAAUACAUUCUAAGUUUUCAAACCACAAACAACAACAAAACGUGACAUAGCAUAUUGCCAUCGUUCCCAUUUUAUUUAGCACAACCAGUAAGAAAUGCAGAAGCAGUGUGUUAAAAAACCAACACCCUAUUUUUCAGUAGUUUGUAGAAUCUCAAGCAGCAGUAACUUGAAGUGUCAACUCACUGACUGCAAGUUGUCCAUUCUCUGCGGCUUCAAAACAAGCCUAAAUCAUUACCCCUCCACCUCCGUGCUUGACAGUUGGUAAAGUUGUCACAUCACUGCAAAUUGGAUCCUGGUUCAAAUAACCUGUGUGGCUCAGACCCCACAUUACAUCACUUUACAUUACAGGGGUUAGGGCUGUGUUCGAUAGGGGACAAACAUCAUCUCUCUGGUUGUCUGUCCAAAGCACAUGGUUACAGAAAUUGUAUUGAUUUGUUCAGAUGCAACUUUUUAGAUUGAAGUUCUGCUGCCAUAUUUUAAAAAGAUGAAAAUUUCUCUUGGCAAUCCUUUUCAAAAAAGUCACACUUGAUUAGUCUAAUUGUGAUGUCAUAAACUUUAGCAUUUAACAUUAUAACUGAGACCUAUAGAGCGUGAGUAGCAGCUCUUGGGGACUUUUGCAGUUUUUGUUAGUAUUGCAGUCUGGCCUUGUGGGGAAUUAGCUGUGAUGUCCACUUCCACAACUGUAUGAAUAUAUUCAUGAAUAUAUUUAAUAUUUUUGAACUUAUAAUCUUUCUCACUGCAGAAUAACGGCUUUCCCAAGUUGAUGGGGAGCAACUUAAUCUUUCGCACAUUGUUUCUCAAUUUUUGAUUAGCUUUUGUUAAAUAAAUGAGGACACAGUGCAACGUGUAA